AUAAAAACAAAUUCAUCUUCAUAUAACUAACUUCUAGCCCAUCCAACAACAUAAUUCCAACACACAAAAAAUAAAAACCCUAGAACAUGAUGGCCCCAAAGACAACUCUAACCUUGUGAUCUUGUUAUCUAGAAAGUAAUUGAUCUUAGCUUGAACACAUGGUACAAAUUUAAAGUUAUAAAAACAUUAGGGACCUAAUAAAAGCUUCUCUUUAGUAUUUUCAUUAUCCAACAAGUUUUCAUGCUUGUAUAGUGGCUAGCAUGUGUUAGAAUCCUCUAAAAUGGAAAAAUAUUUUGGCUAUUUCUUAAAGAACAUGUAUUUGAUUUGCAAAAAUUUCUUUUGGGUCCCUUUUCUUCUACAACCAUCAUUAUAACAAUUAAAUAUCAUGAGGGGUUUAGCUUUUCAUAAUCUUUCCAUCUGUACUAACAUCUCAUCAAGGCAAUUCUUCAAAUUACUUGAGUAGCCUUUGUUGAGGGGACACAGAAAAGUCGUAUCGUGUGAUUUAACGGUUAAUGAAGCGGGUAAAACUAAAAUUAAAAUCAUAAGAAAAAGAAACGUCAUGGUGCACGAAGUAUAUGUGGGUAUGGGGGGGACGGGCCGCACCUCAAGGGAGUGUGAUAUAGGCAGUCUAUCCUGAAGCAAGCAUUAAUGGUUGAUUCCACGACUCGAACAUCUAAUCUAUAAGUCCCACGGAGACAACUUUACCAUUGCUUCAAGGUUUCCCUUCAUCAAAGUUCACAUCUCAAUAGACAAAAAUUGCUUCUAUAAGUUCUUCCCAUCUUCCUAGGAAUUGGUGGGCAGAGUUACUUGUUACCUAUAGAGGUGGUGGUAGGUAUCCGGUGGGAUGAUCGAGGUACGCACGAGCUAUCUCAGAUGUCAUGUUUUCAAAAAUAUAAAGAAAAAAAAAACUUAGCAUUUUUCAAGAACUCAUAUUUCUCACACAUGCAACAACAACAAUAUAUCUGGUGUAAUUCCACCUGUGGCAUCUGGGGAGGGUAGAGUAUACGCAAACAUUAGCCCUACCUCAUAGAACUAGAGAGGUUGUUUCUGAUAGACUCUCGGUUCAUCUUCACACAUGCAUUUUUGGAAUUAGAUACUAAAAUAAACUUUUACAAACUGUUAUCUUAAAGUAAAAGGUGGAUUAAUGAUUCAUGGAGGCUGGCUUGGCUUUGUAUUCAUAAUAAAGCUAUGAAUUGCCACUUUAUAGAUGUUAAAUGGACCCUAUGAUGAUAAACCAACAAAAUAGCUCUGAAUAAGAGGUGAUUUAACACUUUUUAAGCUUUCUAUCUAAUUUAUACCUAUUUAUAUAUCUCUUUAAGUGAACUUAACAUUCUAUCAAAACUUCACUUACCUUAUAACAACUGUAGAGCAACUGUCCAGUCUUGGUUUAAGAAAAAGAUGGAUCUUGAUUCAAAUCCAACAAUCUCACAAGCACAUCCCGAGACGAUGGACUUCCUUUCGCGCACUUGGUGCAACUUUGCAGUUCAAGCGUUCCAGCCGGAGAUGCAAGAUCAAGCUCUCAUUCUACAUGAAACUUCAAUCAAGAGUUUAAGCAUUGAUAAUAAACCUCCUCUUCCUAAAAUGGAGAAGAGCAUGAAGAUGGAUGAUGCAGAUAAUUCAAUUCCGCCAUGGAAAUCCAACGAUGUCAAGUCGUGGAUAUGGAUGCAGCAAGCCAUGCAUCCAGAGGUGAACUACAACAGCUAUUUCCAGAAAAAAUGGAUGCCGUGGAACAUAGGACCACUAAAGAAUGUGUCAAUCAAGAAAUGGAUCAAAGAAAUUAAGCAGAAGAGGAAAGAAGAAAAGAGAUUACAGAAGGCUGAAGUACAUGCAGCGAUAUCAGUGGCAGGUGUUGCAGCUGCCUUAGCUGCCAUCGCUGCUGAAAACAUGAACCAUGAUCAGUCAGGGCGUACCAAGGAGUCAGCUGUGGCCAGCGCAGCGGCACUAGUUGCAGCACAAUGUGCACAAGUGGCAGAAGCUAUGGGGGCGAAACGGGACCAAAUCAGCAGUGUGAUUGGCUCAGCAAUGACCGGCACAAGUGCAAGCGACAUUCUGACGCUUACAGCUGCAGCUACAACUUCACUCAGAGGAGCAGAAACACUCAAAGCAAGAUCUGGCUACAAGAAUAUUUUGAAUGGAGGCACACCAGUUCUCCCAAUUGAAGAUAGCAACGACUACAACUUUAACUACGAGAAAUGCAGAUCAAUUCUCUCCAAGGGGGCAGACCUCUAUAUUGAAAAAUCAGAAGGAAGAUCCAAGCUAAGGUCGGUGUCCAUUAUCUUAAAUAGUGAAGCCAAGGUUAUCCUAAGAACAAGGAAGCCAACUAUGUUGAAGACCUUCUCAAGUCAAGCGGAAAGUGUCGUAUUAGACCUACAUGCCGAGCUGUAUAAGGAUUCAAAUGGAGCGGAAACUGAUAGUUGCUAUCUUAUUGUGCUAACAACAAACAGGGGAGUCAUCAAGUUAGACAUGAUGGAUGAUUACCAGCGAUACAAAAUGUGGUCAAUGACUAUUAACCAAAUGCUGACGCUCUCUACUUCAUUUACAAAAUAUGAGCUCCAAUAUUACAAAAGCUAAUCUUCAUAAAGAUUUGUGGCAUCAGCAUAUUUUUCACAUGAGUUUUUUGUCAUGUAUAGGUUAUAGUACUUAGCAACUUUGAAGUUGUCAGAUCUGUUAAUAGUUACAUAUCAUGUUCUUGUUUUUCCAA